AUGGCGGCGUGUUCAUCUUCAUCACCGGCGACAGAGGAAGAGAUAACACUGAAAGUGAAAUGGACCGGAAAGGAAUACACCGUUCGAGUCUGCGCCGAUGACACAGUCGGAGAACUCAAGCGUCGUAUAUGCGAAGUAACCAACGUUUUACCCAUUCGUCAGAAGCUUUUGUACCCUAAACUCGCCUCUAAACUCAACGAUGAUUCUCUCUUACUCUCUCAGCUUUCUAUCGAUCUCAACAAGUCGUCUCUCAAAUUCACCAUGAUCGGUACUACGGAAGAGGAUUUAAUAGUUGAUCCAGUGGAUUCACCUGAGAUUCUCGAUGAUUUUGAACUUGCUCAAGAAGAAGCUAUUGAUACCAAAGAUAUGCAAGUUAACAAGCAGAAAUUGACCAGACGCAUUAAUCACUUCAAAGUUGAGAUUCAAAACCCUUGUCGCCAAGGAAAGAAACUUCUUGUUCUGGAUAUUGAUUACACCCUUUUUGAUCAUCGAUCUACCGCCGAAAACCCUCUUCAACUCAUGAGACCUUACCUUCAUGAGUUUCUAACAGCAGUUUAUGCUGAAUAUGACAUUAUGAUAUGGUCUGCAACAAGUAUGAAAUGGAUUACCCUCAAGAUGAGCCAACUUGGGGUUCUGGACAAUCCUAACUACAAAAUCACAGCAUGUCUUGACCACUUGGCAAUGAUCACUGUCCAGACAGCUUCUCGUGGGGUCUUUGAUUGCAAACCACUUGGUUUGAUCUGGGCUCAGUUCCCUGAGUUCUACAGUGCUUCUAAUACUAUUAUGUUUGACGACCUUCGAAGAAAUUUUGUGAUGAACCCGCAGAAUGGUUUGACAAUUAAACCGUUCAGGAAGGCUCAUGCAAACCGAGACAGUGAUCAGGAGCUUGUGAAACUUACCCAGUACUUACUAGCCAUUGCAGAGCUUGAUGAUUUGAGUCACCUUGAUCAUAAUAAAUGGGAGUCAUUCUCGGAGGACACUGGUAAAAGGCGUAGGCACAAAUGA